AUGGAUGCCGAUGUCGAUUACAUCGACACCGAUGACGAUGAUGACGAAGAUGCUGGUAUCUUCAGCAUCGCCAAUGACUGCCACAGUGAGGACGAUGACGACCUCAAUGGUGAAGACACCGUUCCUUCAGAAGUGCACAUGAAGCGCACUGCUGUUGACAAGUAUGAAUCAGCAGAGGAAUUUCUGCUGACUCGCGAAGUGGUUGUCCGCUUCGUUCAAGAUCCUUUUGCGGAUGCCAUAGAAAAGCAGAAAAGAAAUACAGACAAACAUGGAAGAGCAAGUUUUCUUUCAUUUGAUGAAGGGGCCUAG